AUGAACGCCGAAGUUGAAGAUGACUCACUUUACCCAAUCGCUGUACUACUCGAUGAGCUAAGAGCUGACGAUGUGAACUUCCGACUUAAUGCCAUUCGGCGGCUUUCUACAAUCGCUUUAGCUCUUGGGGUUCAGAGAACUCGUGAUGAACUUAUACCGUUUCUUGAUGAAUCUAUCGAUGACGAAGACGAAGUUCUUCUUGCUUUGGCAGAAGAAUUAGGAAACUUCGUUGAAUACGUGGGCGGAAAAGAGCAUGGACAUGUUAUUCUAAAUCCAUUGGAAAAUUUGGCCGCCGUUGAAGAAACCUUGGUCAGAGAAAAGGCUGUUGAAUCCUUGACGAAAAUCGCCGAAGUACUUUCCCAACAACAAAUCGAAGAGUAUUAUAUACCCCUGCUAAAACGCCUAAGUGUUGGGGAUUGGUUUACCAGUCGCACAAGUGCUUGCGGGCUAUUUGCGGCUGGUUAUCAAACAGCGACACCUGCGACUCAAGAUGAAUUACGUAACAGUUUCAAACUAUUAACUCAAGAUGACACACCAAUGGUUCGAAGGGCAGCUGCUUCAAAUUUAGGGAAAUUCGCAAAAAAGAUCCCAAAAGAAGUAGUCAUUGUUGAUAUUAUUCCUCUUUUCAGCAAACUUGCUCAAGAUGAGCAGGAUUCAGUUCGACUGCUGACUGUUGAGGAUCUAGUUGCAAUUGCAGAGGUUUUGACAAAGGAAGAAAGUAAAACUUAUCUCUUGCAAACACUCAGGAGUAUGGUAUCAGAUAAAAGUUGGAGAGUACGAUACAUGAUUGCGGAAAACUUUGUCAAGAUAGCAGAAGCUGUCGGGGAAGAAGUUACGAGGGAUGAUUUGGUUCUUGCUUUUGUUCAUCUAUUGAAAGAUAACGAGGCAGAAGUUCGAACUGCCGCUUCUGGCCAAGUUCCAGGAUUUGCAAAAUAUGUCGAUAAGCAGCUUGUUCUAUCCCACAUUUUGCCAUGUGUAAAAGAUUUGGUGACUGACACAUCUCAACAUGUUCGCGCGAGUUUGGCUACCAAAAUAAGCGGGCUAGCACCAAUUUUGGGCAAAGAAGCCACAACAGAGCAUCUGUUGCCCUUGUUCUUGCAGCUUCUGAAAGACGAAUUCCCUGACGUAAGACUAAACAUCAUAUCCAAACUUGACGAAGUUAAUAAAGUUAUUGGAAUAGAGCUCUUGUCGCAGAAUCUUUUGCCGGCUAUCGUUGAACUAGCAGAAGACAAGCAAUGGCGAGUUCGAUUAGCCAUUAUCGAUUACAUUCCACUUUUGGCCAGACAAUUGGGAGUUGACUUUUUUGACGAAAAACUCGGGAAUCUUUGCAUGUCAUGGCUAGGCGAUCCUGUAUAUUCCAUUCGAGAAGCGGCAACUGUGAACUUGAGAAAAUUGACAGAAACAUUUGGCGUUGAAUGGGCAAAGAACACAAUCAUACCUAAAGUGUUAGCCAUGGGCAACCACCCAAAUUAUUUGUAUAGAAUGACAACAAUUUUUGCGAUCACGACGAUGGCACCUGCUGUUACUCCUGAAGUUAUCCGAGAUCACAUCCUUCCCACAGUAAACAACCUUGUUUCUGACCCAAUUCCAAAUAUCCGAUUCAAUGUAGCCAAAUCUUAUGAAGUUCUAAUACCCGUUCUCAGGCAGAGUCCCGAGACGGUUCCUCUGCUAGACACACAAGUAAAACCUGCAUUGGAAAAAUUACGAGAAGAUUCCGAUGCUGACGUCAAGUUUUUCGCCGAGAAGGCAUUGCUUGCAGGUGGGUAA